CUGCAGGUUACGUCCACGUAUCCGAAGGAUUCCCUUUCAAAGUCUGCUCCAGCCUUGCUGGCAGGUGAAUUUAGUAGCUCCUGCUUCUGUGAAACAGUGGAAACCAGGGCAGCCCAGCAGGCAGGAGGAACUCCUCCCCUCACUCUGCGAUCUGUUACCUCCCCCUCCUGUGGAAGCACCAGCAGCAGCAGCAACAGAGGAGCUGCCGUGCCUUUGACGGAGCAGAUACAGUAAGCCGGAGUCAGAGCUACACCCCCCACAUAGCCAUGGCAGACAACGCCGGCUUGGAAAACCACCGCAUCAAGAGCUUUAAAAACAAGGGGCGCGAUGUCGAGACUAUGAGAAGACAUCGAAAUGAGGUGACGGUUGAGUUGAGAAAGAAUAAACGAGACGAACAUUUACUGAAGAAGAGAAAUGUCCCACAGGAGGAGAGUCUGGAGGAUUCUGAUGUGGAUUCAGACUUUAAAGGGCAAAAUGUUACACUUGAUGCAAUCUUACAGAACGCAACCAGUGACAAUGCUGUUAUACAGCUCAGUGCAGUGCAAGCAGCCAGAAAACUUCUCUCCAGUGACAGAAACCCUCCUAUUGAUGACUUGAUAAAGUCUGGGAUCCUGCCCAUCUUAGUCAAAUGCCUGGAAAGGGAUGACAAUCCUUCACUUCAGUUCGAGGCAGCCUGGGCUCUGACCAACAUCGCCUCUGGGACGUCAGCACAGACUCAGGCUGUGGUUAAAUCAAACGCAGUGCCCUUGUUCCUGCGGCUGCUACACUCUCCUCACCAGAACGUCUGUGAACAGGCCGUAUGGGCUUUAGGAAACAUCAUAGGCGACGGUCCACAGUGCAGGGAUUAUGUCAUCUCCCUGGGCGUAGUGAAGCCUCUGCUUUCCUUCAUCAACCCAUCUAUCCCCAUCACCUUCCUCCGCAAUGUCACCUGGGUCAUCGUUAACCUCUGCCGCAACAAGGAUCCGCCUCCGCCCAUGGAGACGGUGCAAGAGAUUUUGCCUGCUCUCUGUGUGCUAAUAUAUCACACUGAUAUAAAUAUACUCGUAGACACAGUGUGGGCUCUGUCCUAUCUGACGGACGGAGGAAACGAACAGAUCCAGAUGGUCAUUGAUUCUGGAGUUGUUCCAUUUCUUGUGCCUCUCCUCAGCCAUCAGGAGGUGAAAGUUCAGACUGCAGCUCUGAGGGCAGUUGGAAACAUUGUGACAGGAACAGACGAGCAGACCCAGGUGGUUCUCAACUGCGAUGUUCUCUCACAUUUCCCCAAUCUGCUCACCCAUCCUAAAGAAAAGAUUAACAAGGAAGCUGUCUGGUUCUUGUCCAACAUCACAGCUGGGAACCAGCAGCAGGUCCAGGCUGUUAUCGAGGCCGGGCUAAUUCCUAUGAUCAUCCACCAACUGGCCAAGGGCGACUUUGGCACUCAGAAGGAAGCAGCAUGGGCCAUCAGCAACCUCACCAUCAGUGGGAGGAAAGACCAGGUGGAGUUCUUAGUGGAGCAGAAUGUCAUCCCUCCCUUCUGUAACCUGCUGUCAGUGAAGGACUCUCAGGUGGUGCAGGUUGUCCUGGACGGCCUCAAGAACAUCCUCAUCAUGGCUGGAGACGAAGCCAGCACCAUUGCUGAAAUCAUAGAGGAGUGUGGAGGUUUGGAGAAAAUAGAAAACUUGCAGCAACAUGAGAAUGAAGAUAUCUACAAAUUAGCCUUUGAGAUCAUUGAUCAGUACUUUUCAGGAGAUGAUAUUGAUGAGGACCCCAGCUUGAUCCCUGAAACCACUCAAGGAGGAACCUUCAACUUUGACCCAGCAUCCAACAUGCAAACAAAGGAGUUCAAUUUCUAAAAAGCCAGGAUGUUUGGUUCCACUAGUUGCAGGGGCGUCCUGUAAUUACCGCAGACAUUCAUCCAUCUCUCCCAACAAUCUGGCAAACCCGGUACAGAGGGAUUUUAAAACACCAUGCUCGCCACUAAAGGAUUUAAAUCACAGCCACUUCUGCACUGUGGGGAGCUUUUUCUUUGUCUUGUUUUUUUUUUUUAAGUUCCUUCUAGUGCAACUCUUCAUACUAGUUGUUCAGCUGGCAACCUGCAUGAGGAGAACCGUCAGUGCUGCCAGUGCUUCUAUCACUCAAAGGUAAAAC